AGAAUGUGUUAAAUGUCCUGCCGGAUUUUACUGUGCUGGUUUGGUGGAUGUGGACACUGGCCGUGUGUCUGGUCCUGCCACUCCGACUCCGUGUCCUAUGGGACACUAUUGCCCACAAGGAACGCAGUCUGGUGCAGCAUUCCCAUGCCCAGCUGGCACUUUCAGCGGGCAGAUGGGGUUGUCCAAUCAGUCGGGCUGUGAGCUCUGCCCUCCAGGGAGAUAUUGCGGUUCCUCUGGACUUGCUGCACCCACUGGGGUCUGCUCUCCUGGUUACCUCUGUAUCCAAGGUUCAGUUUCUUUCAAGCCAGAGGAGGGCCCAACCGGAGGCCGUUGCUCUGCAGGGUCCUACUGCCCCCAGGGUACCCGCUACAUGGUUCCUUGCCCAACAGGCACCUUCAGUUCCAAGGACGAGGCUGUUUCUGUAGAGGUAUGUCGGCCCUGUUUGCCUGGCCAUUAUUGCUCUGAGCCGGGCCUGUCCUCCCCAUCCGGGCCCUGCAACCCAGGUUUCUACUGCAUCGAGGGAUCCAGAACGGCCACACCUAUGGGUAACACCUCAGGAGAUUCCACGUCGCCAUCUCCACUACCUGGCAGUUCAACCUUGGGACAGUUCACUGGCAGUGUGUGUCCUGCAGGCCAUUACUGUCCUAAAGGGAGUGCAAAGCCAAGUCCCUGUCCUCCAGGAACUUUCUUGGGAAGGUCUGGGGCCGAGUCUCAGACUGACUGUGAGGCUUGUUACUCGGGCUCUUACUGCCCCUUCUGGGCUCAGAGCUCUGUCGACCUCCUCUGUCCCCCAGGCUGGUUCUGUCCACCCGGAUCAGAGUCCGGACAUCAGCCAGGAGGUCAGUGCCCGCCUGGCCAUGCGUGCCCACAUGGUAGUGCUGAGCCGGCCCUCUGUAGCCCUGGCAGUUUUCAAUCUUCCCCUGGACAGUCCACUUGUAACACCUGCCCACCAGGUUUCUUCUGUGCUCUGGGUUCAUCUGCGCCGUCGCCGUGUCCGGCGGGCAGGGUCAGUCCAUCGGCUGGCGCUGCGUCCCCGACGGACUGCUCCGCCUGCCCAGCUGGCUACUUCUGUAACAGCAGUGCCCUGACGGAGCCGUCCGGAGCCUGCAGCCCAGGACAUUUUUGUUCCCUGGGAUCCACGGAGGCCUCCCCCGUCUCCCAGCCUUAUGGAGAUGUCUGCCCCGUGGGACACUUUUGUCCUCUGAGCAGCGGGUCACCCAAACCCUGUCCUGUCGGCAGCUUCCUCCCAGAGCCUGGAGCUUCUGCCCGCUCCCACUGUCGCCGUUGCCCCCCAGGGAAAUACUGCCCGACUCCUGGAAGCUCACAGCCCACAGGUCUGUGCUCUGCAGGUUUCUUCUGUUCUGGAGGGGCAGAUAGCGCCACACCUCGAGCCGCUGUGUUCAGCUGUCUUUGUGAAAUACUGGAGGUUUAUACCACGAAGAAAGACGCUGCCCUCUGGAUUCACAAUCUGCCCUGCUUCAAUAAUUCCAGUAGUUCGGAAGGAGACGCUAACUGGAUUGAGGAGGCAAACGCGGUGACUCACUCACCGCCAUGCCUCAAGAGUCCACGUCAAAGCUGCUCCUCGUAUAGAGGAGACAUCUGCCCUAAGGGUUUCUAUUGUCCUGUGGGCUCCUCCUACCCCCAGCCCUGUGAAGCUGGAUCUUACUGUGACCAGAUUGGGCGAGAGGCCCCCGCAGGGCCUUGUGCUGCAGCAUAUUACUGUCCCAAAGGCUCUUUAAACCCCCAUGCCACCCAUUGCCCCACGGGACACUACUGCCCCGCCGGAACUCCUCUUCCUCGGUCGUGUCCUAUUGGGACCAUCAAAAGUUCCCUGGGUGGGUCUACAGUGGGGGAUUGCCAGAUGUGUCCCCCAGGGCACUACUGCCACCAGAGAGGAAUAGCUGAGCCAAGUGGGCAGUGUGCAGAAGGCUACUACUGUCCAGAGGGACAGAGCUCUGAGAGACCACAACAACAUGUCUGCUCACUGGGACAUUAUUGUGAAAAGGGAAGUGUCAAACAGAAAGCCUGCCUCCCAGGCAGCUACCAGCUCAGACAAGGCCGCGGCAGCUGCGAGACAUGCCCCGCUGGUUUCUAUUGUCGAGAUCAAGGAAUGACACAUCCACUCCCAUGUGAGAGAGGAUUUUAUUGUCCCAGCGGAUCAGCAAAUCAACAGCCCUGUCCGGCUGGAACCUACGGAAACAUGUCCGGACUGGUUGAGGAGUGGCAGUGCUCGUUGUGUGACCCCGGGAUGUACUGCAAAGGAACAGGGAGGACUUGCGCCAGUGGUCCGUGUGGCGCAGGGUUUGUUUGUGUUGGCGGAGCCUCUGAACCUUCACCACUCGAAAACCUGACUGGCUUCCCAUGCCCUCCCGGCUUCUUCUGCUCUGUGGGGACUUCUUUUCCAAAACCAUGCCCGAAAGGAACAUUCAGUAAGCAGAGCAGGCUGGUGGAGGAGUCUCAGUGUCGCAGCUGCAUUCCAGGCUUCUUCUGCUCAGAGACCGGUCUCUCUGUGGUCUCUGGGCCCUGCCUGCCAGGCUUUUACUGUCUAGAAGGAUCCCACACUGCUACCCCAAUGUCGAGUGAGUCUGGGAGUGUCUGUCCGGCGGGCUACUACUGUGCCGAGGGCAGCAGUGUACCCACACCAUGUCCGCCUGGCUCUUACCGAAAUGAGACCGGAGGGAAAAGCAAAGAUUACUGCAAAACAUGUCCUCCAGGCUGGUUCCAGGAUUUAUCGGGCCAAACGGAGUGUAAUCCCUGCCCUCCUGGGUUCCACUGCCAGUACCCGAGCAGCAGCCCCACCAGGGGAAGCCCUGCAGGAGUCUCCAGCCCUCUGCUCUGCCCGGCGGGCUACAUCUGUCCCAGGGAGAAUCCAGACAGUCACCCUUUUCCAUGCCCCAAAGGCACCUACAGCCCCCGCCACGGUCUCACCACCGCAAGUGAGUGCCUUGUGUGUCCAGCGGGUCAGUUUUGUGGGUCUGACGGUUUGGUUCAGCCUUCGGGGCUGUGUGCUGCUGGGUUUCUGUGUUUGAUGGGUGCCACAGUGCCCAACCCGACCGACAACAGAACUGGAUCUCUUUGUCCCCGCGGGAAGUUCUGCCAACAGGGGCUAACAGCAGGGGAUUGCUGGGCAGGGUUUUAUUGCGACUGGGGCUCCAGCAGAGCAGACACGGCCCUGUGCCCAGCUGGUUUCUUUUGCCCCAGAGGGACACUUGUCCCAAUCCCUUGUUCUGCAGGAACAUUUGGCUCUGAAACCGGAAACAUACAUCAAGACAAUUGCACUACAUGCACACCUGGGUACUACUGUCAAGUUAAAGGCACCAUACAGCCUGCCAUGUGUCCCGCUGGAUACUACUGUCCUCCAGGGACGACUCUGGGACAGGGGUUCCCUUGCCCUCCCGGCACUGUGCAGAACCGACUCGGAGCCUCCGAUCCCGACGCCUGCCGGCCGUGUCCUGCCGGAAUGUUCUGCUCUCAACCUGGUCUGUCGCAGCCAACAGGACUUUGCGAGGCCGGCUACUACUGUCCCGCUGGAUCAACCAGCCCUAACUCUACUGAGUACCAGGGGAAUUCUACCAUAGGCCACCUUUGUCAUCCAGGUCACUACUGCCCUUCUGGCAGUGGCUACCCACUCCCCUGCCCGGCAGGCUCUUUUUCAAACUCACACGGACUGAGGGGAGUUGAUGGAUGCCUGCCCUGCCCCCCUGGACUCUUUUGUGACAGGCCUGCCAUAGCAGAGCUCUCUGCUGCACUCCCAUGUCGUGCUGGGUAUGUGUGCCUGGGUGGAAGCUCUAGUGCCACCCCAUCGGAUGGUUCCCAUGGCUACCUGUGCCCCUCGGGCCACAGCUGUCCUGUUGGCUCAGCGAGUGAGGUGCCCUGUGAGGCCGGCACGUACAGCCCUGCCACUGGAGCAGCUCGCUGCUUAAUGUGUCCCAAAGGGUUCAUGUGUUCCUACUUAGCAACUCAAGAGCCUUCUGUCUGUCCAGCUGGUCAUUUUUGUCCUGCUGGGACAGCGUUGCCAGAGCUCUGUCCUUUGGGGACUUUCAGCAAUGAGACUGGAGCCUUUUCUCUCUCUGUGUGCACACCCUGUCCCUCUGGACUGUACUGUAGCUCAUACGGAGCCUCAACACCACAAGGUUGUUGUUUGCAGGGUUAUUUCUGCAUGGGGGGAGCCGCAGAGCCAACACCGCAGAGCUCUGACAACUCCUCAGGGAAUGGCCCUUGCCCCGUGGGCCAUUACUGUCCAGCAGGGUGCCUCGCCCCAAUUCCCUGCCCUCUUGGUAGUAUUCGCCAAACCAUAGGAGGGGUGUCCAUGGAGAGCUGCUCCGCCUGUCCUGCUGGUCACUUCUGCUCCGCAGAGGGUCUUGCCAACCCCAGCGGCCCGUGUGCAGCUGGUUUCUACUGCCCUUUUGACUACUCCUCGACCACUCCAUAUGCCUUCUUGUGUCCCAAGGGCCAUUUCUGUCCAGAAGGCUCGGUUCUGGCCCUGCCUUGUCCCACGGGAGCGUACCAGCCAAAUCCGGGGUCAGACAGCUGCAUCCCAUGCCGAUCUGGGUUCUACUGUGAGGAGGCCAUAGUGGGAGAGCCAUGGCUCUGCCCGCCACACUCGUUUUGCCCUGCAGGCACAAUGGUGCCUCUGCCCUGCCCUAAUGGGACAUACACUCCUUCAAACCAGGGAGGACUACAAGAAGAGCGAGAGUGUUUACCCUGCCCUCCAGGGAAAUUCUGCAGGGCUGGUAGGAUCCAGGGUGUGUGUGCGGCGGGCUUUCUCUGUGUUUCUGGCAGUGCAGAUUUCACCCCUGAGGCACCACUGUCUAAUACGACCCAGUGCCAGUGGGGCAUGCAGUGUGCUGGACCAUGUCCACCAGGUUUUUACUGUCCUGAGGGAACAGAGGAAGCUGAGUUUUGUCCUGCAAACACCUUCAGAAGCUCCCCGGGAGGUGCCAGCCUGUCCGACUGUUUACCCUGCCCACCUCAGCAUUGGUGUAAACCUGGAGACCCAGUCCUUCAUCUCUGUCCGCCCGCUCAUUACUGUGACGGUCUGCCUGGAAGUGACUUUAACGGAGGGACAGGACCCAGGCCAUGUCCGCUGUACACGUAUCGCACUUUUCCAGGUGCAGGCAGCAAGGGGGACUGCCUGCCCUGCCCGCCUGGUUCUCACUGUAACAGAACAGGGCUUACAGACUACUCCAAUAGUCCGUGCCCGCCUGGUUUCUGGUGCAGCGGGUCUGGACCCCCCAUUCUCUGCCCUGCAGGCACCAAAAGGCCCCGACCUGGAGCCGCUUCACCGAGCCAAUGUGAACCGUGUUCAGGCGGAACCUUCUGCCCAGAUCCGAGAGCAACAGGGAAGCCCAAUGUGGAGGGGAUCCCCUGCAGGGCCUCUUAUCAAUGCCCCACUGGUGCAGUCUCAGAGAGGCUGUGCAGUGCCGGCUCAUACUGCGGACCUCAAACUGAUGAGCCUCCAGUCUGUCCCAAAGGGUAUUUCUGUCCUGAGGGAUCUCACACCUACGACACCCCCAAGCAACUAUGUCCUUUUCCCUACUACUGUCCAGCAAACAGCUCCUUCAUGAGGUCCUGUAAGGGGGGGUUUACGCCCAUCAACACCAGCGACCUCAGAGGAUCCAAAAACAGCUGUUGUCGUGUGUGUGAGGGGGGCACCUAUCGUCCGUACCUCUCCCCCAUCCUGCAAUGCCUUCCAUGUCCACCAGGAUACUUUUGCUCCCCAGGCACAGCCGACUACAAAGGUUACCCCUGCCCUCUUGGGUAUCGCUGUCCAAGGGGAGCCGCCCAACCAAUACCCUGCCCUCCGGGGUUCUUUGGUAACAUUACUCAUGCUGAGACAUUGAGUGACUGUCACCUGUGUCCAGCUGGCACCUUCAACCACCUGCUUGCUCAGAAGGCCUGCUUUCCCUGUGGCAGCUCCUCCACCUCAACAGCCGGUUCUUCUUCUUGCACCUGUAUCGGUAAGAAUCGGGCAUUUCAGCACUCGGAUGGUUCAUGUUUGUGCAGAACUGGUUUCAUCUUCUACAACGAACUGGACUUCAAAAGUUCUACCUCUGACAGUGAAUUGGACUGCCAGCCUGAGGUGAACAGACGGUGCUCUGCAGGUCAGGUUCGUCUGGCAGCAUCUAGAGAGUGUGUCUCACCUUCCCUCCACUCCUGCAAUAUAACUUGUGGACCACAUGGAGGAACCCUGGAUGUGGCGAUGGGCAUCUGCCGGUGUGAGCGAUAUGUGUCCGCUGAAGAGCUUUGCAACACGUCCUGCCUCUUCACACUACCUCAUCUCUCCGCGCAGCUCUCACCCGAUGGGCACCUGCUGCUCAGCUUAAAAGAAAGAGACAAGAUGGUGUGGGCAAGGACUGUGAUGGAUGUUUUAGGACCAGAUAUCCACUCCAAGGGUAUUGGUAAAAUCCAUUUGAUCCAGUUUGAUCCUGAAGGCGUGUUUGGUUGGAUUCCAACACAAAAAGAGCUCAUCAAUAAGUUUCUGUCAGAACCAAUAGAACUCCUGAGGACAAGACAAAGAAGCAGGAGAGACAUGGAAGAUGCCGAGGGUUAUGAUGCUUCUAACACAGCUGUCCUUCCUCGUAUCCCCAACCCCAUUGUGUGCCUGUCCUCGGGUGACAUGCUCAUUUUCCACCUCACCAUCAACCACACUGAACGACAUCUCAGCCACUUUCCAGUGUAUCAGAAAGACCACCUGUUUAACAGUAACCCCAGUUGGGACUUUGGUGCCUUCAGACGACUGCAGAUACUCAUGAAGCAGACCAACUUAAACUCGACAAGGUUCGCCCAUGUGUUUUCAGCAGCUGGGAAGUAUGUGUUUGUUGACAGUGCUGUCCCCGACUGGAGUGUGGUGGUGGUGGUCAGUGAUCAGGGGACGGUCUGUGACCCUCGGGCCUCCGCCUUCCAGCCCAUGACCCCGGCACAGCUGGUGAAGUACGGGAUUGUCAAGCAGCACAGACUCAACCUUCUUCCUGACUGGGGAGUGAUAGCAGGGGUCCUUGGUCUGCUGCUGGUUCUCGUUGUGGUUUUGACCACCACAGUGAUAGUUCUGCGACCCGGUAAAGCAAAACUUGUGUCCCAAUGGAGGAAUAAGCCAAAGUGGCGCAGCCUCGGGGAGCCCUUCUGUCCGGUGGAUUGUGUUUGCAGUGAAGACAACAAAGUUGUCCCAAGCCUAGGUGGCUUACUGGGCAGUAGGGGUGUAGGAGAGGGAGCGGAAGCUGAGGAGCCCGCUGUUUCUAAAGGAGGAAGUGUUCCAGGGCGCUGCGAUUUGGAGGAGUUGAAUGUCAAGACUCUGUUUGACAAACUAGAGGAUCAGAACCUGCACAUAGCCUCGCAACUGGCCCGACACCGCAAAGACACACAGGAGUUUUAUAGAAACAUUUGUCAACACACUGAAACACUCAAGAAUGUCUUGGACAAUAUGGAUCAUAGAAAACUAAGCUUUCUAAAGGAACUGCUUGUCCAAAAUGCAAUGAAGAAUAAACCAUCCGACUGCAGUGCAAUAGGGAGGGAUUUUCAAGUUGAGACCUCUUCAGCAUUACUGGGAGAUGUUCUCCGGGCAGUAGAAGCUCUUCUAAGCAAGAUGACAGGAGAAGCGUGGCAGAGCCAGGAUUUAGCGGCCCCCCCAUACUGUCACACUGGUCCUCGUGAUGUCAGGGAGUGUGAACCACGAGCUGGAUACAGACAAUCUGGUGACAACAUGUGUUGUACACAGUUUUCGUCAGUGAAUGUGAUCAAAGCGGAGCCGGCACACCUACAGAGCACAGGUCCCUGUUUCAGUGACCAUGACUUGUCCAGACUGGUCAGUAUAUCUCCUCUGUUCAAGACCCUGCAGGAGAUCCAACAGUCUUUACAGAAACUCACCACACAGGAGUCUAACCGUCAGCCUCACGAUGCAGCUAUGGAACAUUCUGUCCAGGAAAACGAUGAAAGGCAACUUAUCCCGACUGCCCUUGACAACCUCUCAGUCCAACACUCAGCCGUUUUCCUGUUCGGUCGCCAGGUGAUGCAGUUGCUGGCGGACGGCCCCCUGUUCCCCCCUGUGCUUCUACUAAUGGCCAAGUCGAUACCUGUUUCUUCAUCUUCCUCGAAUGAGGGUCUGCUGACACAUUGUUCAAGGGACUUUUAUUUUGAUGCAUCCAAUCAAAUCCUUUAUCUGUCAGAGGAAAAACUUCAUCACGUGGGACAUUUCAUCGCCACUAUUCUGCAGUCCAUGGCCUACAUAGUGUCAGGAUCUAAGCCCCUGAGUUUAAUGGAAGCCCUUCAUGAGGCAAUAUCAGCUUUAAGCCGUGAGCUGUUCAACUUUUCUUUCAAAUGGAACACACCAGGGUCAAAUACCAAUGCUUCAAAGGGGCAGAAUAGUGCAUUAGUGGAAGAAUUUCUCAACAUUAGAAUUCCCACUGAACCACAGUUCACCGAGCACCUAUUAGCCUGCAGACUUCAGAAAUACAAAGGUUUCCAGCUGGAACAGCUCAUGACAGACCUCAAACAGAUUUCAACUGAGGACACCAACACGGGUUUGCCUCCAAAAGGGACACCAAUGCAGAUGUCCUGCAUAGAAGACGAAAUAGACCGAAUGAAUGAGACUUUCUUGCAGCUGAGCGUGCAGCUGCAGAAGAGAGCUAAAAUGAGCACAUGGCUAAAGGAGAGAGAAAAUAGUGCUGUCAACCAUUCUGCGCGGGCAACGCCGACAAGCAUGCCAAGUCUGAGUCGUAAUGGAACCAUCCUGCUGGAGCUGGAGAGAUGCUAUGUAUCACAGCGCCUCGAUGAGCUCCAAAUGACAUUAGGCCAGAUCAGACAGAGCCAGCAGCAUGACAGCAAGUCAAAUAAUGGAACAAGAAGCAGAAAACAAACAGACAGCAGCGCCACUCAGCAGGAGCAGAGCGACCGCCAUCCUGGCGUAGUUGACUGCAGUCCGUGUGGCGGCCAGCGGCGGGACAGUUUUCCAUCCGACACGAGUCACAGCCAAGGAAGAGCAGAGAGCAGAGGUCCCGGUAACUCUAAACUGGAGAGUCAUAUUUCUGACCAGCCGAUGAGUGACACUGUCCAGAGCAACAACCCGGACGCAUUACUAGACGGCUAGAAGCCAUGUCUGUAUGUCUCAGGGUUGCACCAGGAUGUGCUAUAAGUGUGUUUUUAUGCACAGAAUAACAUAAUAUCUUGUUUGAUCCAAGUUAGCUGUGUGCUAUCAUAAUCUAUGAUCCUUAAUAAAAAAAAAAACACUGUUACCAGUUUCUCAGGCAGAAGAUGUGUUCUGUUUAUCACCAUAUUAUAAUGAAGACGAUAAGUAAAUUCAAAGUGGGCUCACAAACACUUCUCCCUUUUGUAGAGGCGACAACAUCUCGAAGCCCCAUUCAUCGCUGAGCUUUGCUUUUAACCAACAUGUUCACCGAGUGAUUGUAGAAGUAGCUGCUAGAAUCUAAAUCUUGCUGCAAAAGGUCUAUGCUUCACGGCCGCUUCCUUCCUCGGGUUCCACGGUUUAUCUGACGCACAGGGUUCUGGUUCUUUUAAUAGAAAGUGAGUAUUCCUACAGUGGACUGGGAGCCAAAUCAGAAGGUCAGAUGGAACAAGUCUUCACUUACUAUCAGUGUUUGCUUAGAGCUCUGUGACAACUCCCCCGAGGUGGAAUCUGGCAUUGCCCUGUAGAUUUGUGUGAGUGUGUGUUUGUGUGCGUACGAUGGGUGUGGUUCAGUGACUCCCUGAGAUGAUAUGCCUUAUCAAUUAGAUUAGCUGCUAUGUGUCAGUGAUUUGGCCUCACGGUGAGACAAGGCAUCAUAUAACAGUUCUCAGUGCUCCUGAGCCUUGUGUUUCUACAUUAGUGGUACAGCAAUAUGUUUGCUCUAGUUGUUGGGCUCAACUCAAGGGUUAUUUUAGUAGAUACUUUCUUUUGUGAUUUUUUGUGUGACCGUUUGUGGAUAUAUGUUUGAAUAUUAUGUAGUAGAUGGUAAAAUAUAUGAAAUAAAUACUAAACAUAU